GCCUUGCGGGGAUGUGUGGCAAAACCCUUUACCCUUUUAUCUUGCUGGGUGCGAAGGGUCACUUUCCCCGGUUUCUACCGAACACACAUCUAAAACAGAGAGGGAUAGGAGGGAAUAGUUAGGGCUGGUGAUUAGGGCCGUCGGAGGCGGUCGCUUGUGAUGGUUGGAAACGGAUCCGGGCGGCGGGCGACUCGAUGUGGGAUUGGGGCUGGGUGGAGCACGGGAUCGGAAGCUUCCUCAGGCCGGCGGCGGGCGGCAGCGGUGGCGGCGCUUGGAUCUUGGGCACCGGCGGCGGCAGCUGGCGUUGGCAUGCCGGUGUAGCGCUGGGCGUGACGGCCAUGGCCGGUCUCGCCUUGGCCGCCACCCUCGUCAUCUCCUCCCGUAGGUAAACAAAAGAAAGAAAGAAAGAAAGACAAAAACAAAAACAAAAAAAAAAAAGGGAAAGAAGGGAACCCCCUUUCCGUUGCUUCCCCAAACCCCGUUUGAGAAAUAGGAUAAAAAGGAAUAAGAAAGAUCGAACAUUUUAGACGAACGAAUACAAGUGUUCAUAGAUGAAAGCUCUCCGACGAUCCCAUACUUCAUCGGCUUCUUCGUCCUCACCAUCUUCGUCGUCGUCGCCUAAGUCGUCAUGGACCCAUUUGAGAUCUCUUCUCGUUGUCGCACCCUCACCUGUUCCCGAUCGAGGUAGUCUUAAAUCACCAUGGUCUCGGCGGAAACGAAAACAUCUAUUGACUAGGCAGCAAUGGAACGAUUUCUUCUCACCAGAUGGAAGGCUCCGUGGUGGUGGAGUGAAAUUAUUAAAGAAAGUUCGUAGUGGAGGAAUCGAUCCAAGCAUCAGAGAUGAAGUUUGGCCUUUCCUCCUCGGGGUCUAUGACAUGAACAGUUCAAGGGCUGAAAGAAAUGCCAUUCAAGUCCAAAAAAGGAAAGAAUAUGAGAAACUAAGGAGGCGGUGUCAGCAACAUUUGAAACUUAGCAGGGAUGAUCACAAGGAGUUAAAAGAAAUAGUUGAAAUGGGUAAUGCCGACAGUCCUUGUUUUGUGGAAGGACGUGAUUCUGUGUGUUCCGAAGAAGUUUAUUGCGCCCAGGAGUCGCUCUCAAUUGAACAAGGAAGCACAGAAUAUGAAACUUUAGAGCAACCAGUCAAGGAAAUAUUUGCUUCCAACUUAACCACCGUGGAUGAAGAUGUUAACAGUGGUCUCACUCAUUUGGAUGUAUCUGAAGAUGAGACGGAAUCAUCAGACAGUAAGUCCUCCAUCGAAGAACCUGAAAGCAUGCUGAUGUCCUCUCCUGCAAAACCAAACAUGGAUUGCAGAUUCGCAAAGAUAUCUUCAGUCAAGGGAAACAUCACUAAGGCAAAUCGAACAGCUGAGGAUUUUGCCACAUGGCAACGUAUCAUCCGUCUAGAUGCCAUCCGAGCCAAUGCAGAGUGGAUUGCCUACUCUCCAGCUCAAGCUGCAAUCCCUGAGGUCAAAGCCCUCCAGUCUGCUGGUGCUGUCGGUUUGACAGAUUAUGAUGAUUUGGAGCCAUGCAGAAUCUACCAUGCUGCACGUCUUGUUGCCAUUCUUGAGGCAUAUGCAUUAUAUGACCCUGAGAUUGGCUAUUGCCAAGGUAUGAGUGAUCUUUUGACCCCUAUCCUUGCUGUCAUGGAGGAGGACCAUGAGGCAUUUUGGUGUUUUGUCGGUUUUAUGAAGAAAGCUAGGCACAAUUUUAGGCUUGAUGAGGUAGGCAUCCGGAGGCAACUGAACAUAGUCUCCAAGAUUAUCAAGUUCAAGGACUCACACCUGUAUCAGCACCUGGAGAAGCUUCAAGCUGAAGACUGCUUCUUUGUCUACAGAAUGGUGGUGGUUGUUUUCCGAAGGGAGCUCAUCUUCGAGCAGACACUCUGCCUCUGGGAGGUAAUGUGGGCAGAUCAGGCGGCAAUUCGGGUAGGAUAUGGCAAGUCAGCUUGGGGGAGAAUGAGGUUGCGUGCCCCUCCCACAGAGGACUUGCUGCUGUAUGCCAUCGCAGCCUCGGUGCUGCAGAGGAGGAAGUUGAUCAUUGAGAUGUACAGCAGCAUGGAUGAAAUUCUACGAGAGUGCAAUAGCAUGGCUGGACAGCUGGAUGUCUGGAAGCUUUUGGAUGAUGCCCAUGACCUGGUGGUGACGCUUCACGACAAGAUCGAAUGAUCUCAUCUCUUGCUUCCCCUCGGUACUCAUAGUCCCAUCAUUUUAGUUUUUAUUUGUCCUUUAUACACUGGGUUUGUCUUAAGGCUUCAUCUGUUUUAACAAGUGCAGACUUUAAUUCAUCAAUUUCCAUGUUUUCA